AUGGCUAAUCACGCAAUUCAACGCGAAAGACAUCCGACCCCAACUGUGGAUGAUUUAAUUCACAAAUUAAACGGCGCCACCAUAUUUACAAAGCUUGAUCUUCGCUCGGGAUACCACCAGUUAUCUCUCGCUGAGGAAAGUCGACACAUAACCACAUUUGUAACACACAAAGGACUCUACCGCUAUAAGAAGUUGAAUUUUGGCACCAAUUCGGCAAGUGAAAUCUUCCAACAUGUAAUUAGCGAACAAAUCCGUGACAUUCCGAAUGCCAUCAACAUUAGUGAUGACAUAAUUAUCUUUGGCAUAACCCAAGCUGAGCAUGACAAAGCUCUUCAUAAAAUUUUUGAGCGGUUUUCACUCAUUGGAUUAACCUUCAACAAAGACAAAUGUGAGUUCAGUCAAUCGCAGCUCACAUUUUUUGGUUUUGUCUUCUCAGGUGAUGGCAUUUCACCGGAUCCAGCGAAGGUUUCAGCAAUUCACAACUGCCCACCUCCAAAUUCAAUUAAAGCUGUUCGGAGUUUCCUCGGGAUGGUGACAUAUUGUGCGAAAUUUAUCCCUAAUUUCAGUGAUCUCACAGAGCCUUUGCGAGAAUUAACGAGAAAAAAUGUGCCUUUUUGCUGGACAUCUAGGCAUGCUAAAUCCUUCAACGCA